AUGUGUAAGUUACACAAGUCCCUCUAUGGGUUGAAACAAGCCCCUCGGGCUUGGAAUGAAAGAUUUACUGCAUUUCUACCUUCUCUGGGGUUUCAACAUACAUAUUCUGAUUCUUCUCUUUUUGUCAAGCAUGCUGGUGAAUCUGUUGUGAUUUUAUUGUUGUAUGUUGAUGAUAUAAUCAUCACAGGGAGUAGUUUUGCAGCAAUUACACAGGUCAUUCACUAUCUCACAACUGAGUUUGAUAUCAAGGAUUUGGGCAUUCUCCAUUUUUUCUUGGGUAUUCAGAUUACUAGGUGUCCCAAUGGUCUGUUCUUAUCACAGACUAAAUACAUACGGGAUCUGCUGCAUAAAACAGAAAUGCUUGAUUCUAAAGCUUGUGAUACUCCCUGUCUCCCUUAUAAUCGGCUCUUGAAGGAUGAUGGUCAGACCUAUAACAAUCCAACCAUGUACAGGAGUAUAGUCGGGGCUCUUCAGUAUCUUACAUUUACUAGGCCCGAUAUUGCCUUUUCUGUUCAUCAUGUGUGCCAGUUUAUGCAAGCACCAAUGCAGUCUCAUUUUACAGCAAUGAAGAGGAUCUUAAGGUACUUAAAAGGGACUAUGCAUCUGGGGCUCACAUAUUCCAAGGGUGAUUUACAUCUCAAAUCUUUUAGUGAUGCUGACUGGGCAGGGGAUCCUAAUGAUAGGAGGUCUACAACCGGUUUAGUUGUCUUUUUAGGUACCAAUCCCAUCUCUUGGUCAUCUAAGAAACAACAAACUGUUUCUCGUUCAUCUACUGAAGCUGAAUAUCGGGCCCUCUCUUCCACGGCUGCUGAGUUGGACUGGAUCCAACAACUUCUGGCUUUUUUGAAGGUUUCUGUUCGUUCUUCUCCUGUGUUGUUUUGUGAUAAUCUUUCAGCAAUUGCCUUAUCCUUCAAUCCAGUCCAACAUCAGCGCACUAAGCAUAUUGAGAUAGAUGUUCAUUUUGUUCGCAAAAGGGUUGCCAAGAAUAAAUUGAUUGUUCAAUUUGUGUCUUCUCAAGAACAAUUUGCGGAUAUUCUCACAAAAGGAUUGAGUGCUCCUUUGUUUAAGUUUCAUUGUACCAAUCUCAUGCUUGGCGGUUCCAAGCAUGAGAUUGUGGGGGGAUGUUAG